ACACAUUCAUCUGCAUGCACCGUCAUAGAGAGAUAGAGGAAGUGAGCGAGAGUCUCUCAUUCAUAAAAAAAAAGAGAAAAGUUCAUUCAUAAAAAGCUGCACAGUUCUGCUGUGCCUCAGAAAGAAAAGACCGAGGGGAGGAAAGUUGAUGUGGAGGUGAAGCCAAGCUGGAAGCCUGGCAACUGACUGAGAAAGUGUAUGGGUUGAGAGUUAUGAUGGGGGUGUACACAGCAUGACUAGAGCAAAGCAGACUGGACUGUAGACUACACAGGACAUCCCCAGUCCCACGCUGGGUUUCCUGCUCUCUUUUCUACUUUGUCCUAGUGCUCUCCCUUGUCCAGUUCCCUGAUUAUGAGAGAGCAAACCUUACCCAGGUUCAAAUCACAGAAAGGACUCUUACCAGGCAUGCUGAAGCGCACCAAAUACAGUCGUCUGCGCAAUGAUUCGCUGACAUCUCUGGAGGAUCUGCCCCAAAGAAUGCUGCCCCCUAGAGAGGACCUUUGCUUAGACUCUGAUUUUGCCCAGCUGGAUCCCGGGACGCCUACACAUCACGGGCCGUCCACCCUGAGGGACUUCAUCCCCCGUGUGGCCAACAUCCGAUUGCAAAGUCCUACUUCCCUGCGGGGGAUGAGGGGACAGACGGACUCAGAGGGCAGAACCAUUGAUGGACACACUGACAGACCCUCAGGGCCUAACCAGAGAUUUUGUAGCCAACCUUCCCUCAACGUGCCCCUAGCCACUAAUAACUUGGCUCUGCGCUGCACAAAAAGACCCAUAACCCUGCAUCGGAUGGCCGGCUGUCCUUGCUCACAACACAGAGACGGUCUCUGUCGUUUGAAGACCUCCUCGGCAGUAGAUGACUGUACAGUGGAGGGGACAGCAGACAGAGUGGUUCACCAUCACAUCAAGUACAUGGGUAGUGUGGAGGUGACCCAGUCCAUGAGAACCCUCGACUUUGAUACGAGAAUGAAAGUCACACGUGAGGCAAUCAGCAGACUGUGUGAGAGGACAUCAGCCAAGAGAGCAGUGAAAAAUGGGAGGCCUGUAUGCAAGGGACUGUCUGCUCUUCUGGGUCAAAUCAACCUACAGUUUUCUGGGAGCAGGAGCAUCCUCACUGUCUCCACAGACAGCUUGACUCUGAUUGCUGCCUCCUCCUUACAGAAGAUUGCCCACCACCCCAUGCAGGCCAUUUCAUUUGCCUCAGGAGGAGAUCCAGACAUGGCAGAUUACAUCGCUUAUGUUGCCAAGGACCUCGUCAAUCAGAGAGCAUGUCACAUCCUGGAGUGUCCCCGGGGUUGUGCCGGUGAGGUUAUCAACAGCAUCGGUCAGGCUUUUGAGACUCGUUUCCGCCAACUUCUCAGCCACACACCAUCGCUCCUCUCCAACAAUCCCAGGUCAGCAGCAGUGAGAAUCUGUCAGAAAUGGAGCCCAGAGGAGACAAUAACAGACCAAAGGUUAGAGCAGGAAGGAGAAGCCAGGAAGCACCGUGACUACUACAAUGUGAUCCCGGGAAAGACGCCGCCCGCUGGUGGAAUAGAGGACCUGCGGAUUACAAGAGAGGACAAACAGGAUGCUGACAUACAAGGGGUUCGUUUAUCUCAGCCUGUUUCACUGUGUGAGAACUGCUCCAUCACAGAAGAAACUCCAGCUCCACCUGCAGACUCGGUGGUAUCGGCGGUCAGUACCCCACUCUCUGACACACAGAUCCACCUGAUCCAGGAGGAAGGCUGGUUCCAUGGCAGGUUAGGAAGAGAGCAGGCGGAGUCACUUCUCACCUGUAGUGGGGAUUUCCUGGUCAGAGAGAGCAGCUCUGCCUCUCGUCAGUAUGUACUCAGCGGGAUGGAGGGAGCCACCGUGCGGCACUUACUGCUGGUGGAUCCACAUGGGCAGGUGCGGACUCGUGAUCAGGUGUUUUUGAGUGUGGGUCACCUGGUGCGUUUCCACAUGGAGAACCAGUUGCCCAUCGUCACUGGAAGCAGUGAGCUGUGUCUGAAACAGCCAAUCCUACAAAGACACUAAAACACACAUUUAUAGACCGUCAGAUGCAUAUAUUAGCCUUAGCAAAAAAAGGAAAUGUUUAAACCUUUCAACACUUUUAAAUCAACCUGUCAACAUGUGAGACGCCACUUCCUAGAAUAUUUUAUUAUUUGGUCAUUAAAGUUCAUAUUAUAUAUGCGAAUUGUUCGAUUUUCUUACCAUUUGAGUAAAUUCUCACACGCCCCGUGUUGAGAAUUGGCCUGCAGAACAUCCUGUCUCCCUCUCGCUCUCUCCCAGGCUGAAUUUGCUGGUGUUUUAAGUCAAAGCACAAUCACUGAUGUCAGAAGGAAAUUACCACAAUGUUGGCAGACUUUCAGAAUCAUUUUUGAUAUGGUAACUAAUUUGUCUUGUGUUCAUUUGUUUUGAUUUGUUAUUGCCUUGUGUCCUCAUUUCCAUGCUUGAGUUUUGAAACUCACUUAUUUGUUACAUUCUGAAUAAAUAAUUAAAAUGCUACAGAAACAGAUUUGCAGUUUAGUCUUAGAUGAACUGGCAAAUAUGCAAAUAGUAAUGUUUUUGUUCCACAUAAAGUGUAAUCAAAUACAUCUUCAGUUCUUUUACAGAAUGGA